CACGGGAGCCACAGCAGGUCUUCCUUCCCUCACCAUGAAGGCGACCUUCUCAGCUGCCCUCCUUGUUCUAGCCAUCUCACCGUGGACUUCCUUUGCAGUUGAUUUCUCUCUCCCUAUGAGCCCUCACGUGACCGAUGAGGUCUUCCAGGAGACAAAGGACUUGUGCAACAAGAACGUCAGGAAAUGCUGGAUGCUUUCCUACUUCAAGCCCAGCGAGCCUAUAUGUGCCAGUGACCAAGUUACCUACAACGGCGAGUGCCAUCUCUGCUCCAGAAUUCUAUACGAAAACAGAACCAUAGUUAAAAUGCAUGAUGGAGAAUGUAUUUACUCCGGGGAAGACUAUGGACACAAUUAAAAGUUACUGAAUCCUCAGACAGCCAAGUGAAGCAUGAUAGCUGAGUCUUCAAAGAUACCAAAUUUGGGGAACAGGGGCUGGACUUUCUGGUACAGUAUUUGCCUAGUAUGUAUGAAGCCUUAGUUCAACCUCCAAUGUUUGGAGGAAAAAAAGAAUAGCU